UGGUUGAGAGAUAGAAGAAAAGUGGAAAGUUGAAAGAGAGAGAAAGAUCGAGGUGCAGUGCAGUUUUUGGUACCCCUCUUGCCGUUGCCGGUAAAGAAUCUCUUAACUUCCAAGUUUGAUUUGCUUACUGCGUCACUCCCUCUGUUUCCAAUUCACUCGACAAAUUGCUUUUUCCAUUUCCCCUAACAUCGCACUCCCAACCGUUACCAACCGAUAAUGAAUUUAGGGUUUCUUCCCUCACAUCCAUCUGUGCUAGGUCUGUAAUCAGGAACCAUGUCGAGGCCCAUGUUGCUUGUCUUCUUGCUGAUUAUACUUAUAAUCACCUCGCAGUUCGAGUGGAAGCAGCAGCUUGUGGCCGAUGUUGACUCCAACCCCACCGUAUCUCAGAAGCAGCAUCAAAUUUCCAAGGCUGAAGAAACCGUAAAGGAGAAGAUUAUUUUAGUUCAAGAGAAGAAUAUUCAAAGAUUGAAUGAGCUAGUACGGCAUCUCCAGGAACAAUUGCAACAGUGUAGAGGACGCAAUGGAACUAUAAAUGGCACUGUAAGCCCUCUAGCUGAGCGGAUUCUGGAGCUUGAGCGACAGCAAAUUUUAGAGGAUUAAGCAAACGCAGCAAGUGCGGCAAUGAUGUUCUUCGUUAUGCUCAACCUGUGAAGUUGUUCCCUAAUUCAUUUGGAGGGAACGUUGUAGAAGAUUUGGUCCUGGUUUGAAUAACCGUUUUUAACUAUAAAUGAAAAGUGCAGUGUUCGAAUAUUGUUCUAAAAGUUGUUGAAUGGUAUAGAAAUAUGAUCAUCUUAUACUGGUUUGAUCAUUUCUGUA